AUGCCGCCUAAAAAGAGCAACAUGGCCAAGAAGUCUUGCGGCGGUUCUGCCCGGAAACUUUUGGCACCUGCCGGCUCUCCUCCAACGCCCGCAGGAUCAACAUCGUCCGCGCCAUCCUUAGAGCCAGAGGACGCUAGGAUUCCGGAAGAACACAGUAUAUUGACUGACUGGAGCAAAUGCAUUGAGGUGCCCGAGGCGCACGUCGAUGCCGUCCGACAUCCGGACGUUAUAUUUUUAUGUCUUUCUUGUCACUCAUUGCGGACGGUUAAGGAGCCCGCGCCAUAUUUUGGCUUCUACCGUAACGUUUUGCCAGAGGAAGGAGGAACGCCUGUACUCCCAGGCUUCCUACAGUUCAACGGCAAGUAUGAGCUGGCGUCCAACUCCAUCUUGGCAGCCACACCCCUCGCCAUCGUCCAUUUUGCCCUUGGCGCCAAGUACACAAUCUCCACACCCGUUCCACUCCUCUCGCAUUACCUCGACAAGUACUACCCCAACGGUGGGUUUCUGUACGUUGAGAUCUCGUUCGACGUCGCCACCUAUACGAAGAUCGACAAGUACACCCGCGACCAGGUCGAAACGGUUGCUAAGCUCGUCCGUCACCUUGGCUCAACUGGUCGGGUCUUUGCGUUUCUCUCCAACCAUUCGGAAGAAGACAGCGGUUGGCUCUAUGCAGGGAAGGAGGGUCGAGGUGAGGGAGAGUAUGUUGCGAUGGAAGUUCAGCAUGUUCUCUCCACAGUGUUGAAGCCCUACGCCAGGAUCCUCAAGUCCGCACACAUCGUCUUCCUGGUCUGCGGUUCUGUGGUGGCAUACAAGACGCCCUACACUCAGCUCAAGGAGUCUGUUCUUCAAUUCAACUUCGCAUCUGCAAUUCUCUUUUCCGCAGCUCGCUUUCAACCCCUUGUCGCCACUAAUUUCUUGGUCGCCAUGGCGGAACUUGUUGCGAUUGAGCAACUCAGCAUCCGCACUGUAUUUCCGACCCUCCUUAGUAUGUCAGGCGGUCUUGGUCAACACACCAGCGUCAUCCUGAUGACUCCCGUCAACAUUGAUGGUUACUGCAAGCUGGAACUCACUACAUUCGCGCGCGCUCACACUCAGACUUCGCCUUGGGGCGUUCCUAUUCCUGCGCAAUGCCCCCAAUGUGGCUCUACCAAGAGCUGGGGUGAGAGGGUUGCUGUGACAGUUUCUGAUGAGAAUCGCGACGCGCACGCCUCAGCCCAAGGCUCUGUUUGCCAGUACAUCUACACAUGCAAGUACACCAACUGUGGUAGCACGCAAAAGUUGCCGUGCUACAAGUUUUCUGUCACCAAGCCUCCUGGGUCCAUCAUCAACAAUGCCAGGACCAAGAACUGCGCUUGGUUCAAGUCGCCUUCUACUCAUUUUGUAUCUCAGUCUUUACCUGACUCUACCCAAGGCAAGCGCAAGAAUGAGACAGCGUCUCCUGGGACUGCAAAGAAGGCGCGCAAACAGGAUUCCGAGGAUUUACCAAAGGGAUUGAAAAAGGCUAUCAGGAGGUACUACCUCCAGUUCUUAACGGACACUGAUGAUCGACGUGCUGAGCAAGAGGUCUUGGGUGAUGAGCCGGAGGAAGAACCAUCUGGCGUGUCCCCUGAGGACAGAGAAUUGGCGGCUCGUCCUAAGGACGCAGGGUUCUACAAGAAGGAGCUUAAUGCUUGGGACGUCGCGCAGAAACUCUUCAAGCAGGAGAUGGACGACUACGAUAAGGAGCAGCAACAGAAGAAAGGCGUGCAACAUUCUAUUAAGUAUAGGACUGGACAUGCGAGGGAGUGGUUCAACAACAUGACCUCUGCACAUCAGAAGGAAGUUGAGGAGGCGAGGGACAAGUGGAAUAGGGAAGGUGCCCCAGCAGAAGCACAGGCGAUGUAUCGAAAGAAAAGCCUCAAAAAAGUUCUCGACGAUUUUACAGAACAGAUAAGGCGUUCUAUGGGUUGCCGAGUCGUGAUGUUAGUCAGUCACAAGAAAAAUGCCGAUCAGACUUUAAGUGUCAAGAUUCAUGAGUCUCAGCCUGUCAAUCACAAGAAACCGUUUAGCCUGAGUUCUCGAGGAAGCAAAGAGUGGACGUCCGAAGGUUUUGAAAAAUUUGCCGAGUGGUUGAAGGAAGAAUUCUACCCCACCAAUGAUGAUGAUGACUCGUCCGAUGAAGACAGUAAAGAUGGAAAAGAUGCGAUACCUGAAGUCAUCUUGGACGAGCACGGGUUUGCAAAGCUCCCUUCCUGUAAAGGAGUGGGCCUCAAGGGGCAACAAGAAUUGGUUCGGCAAAUUUUUCAUGCAUCUUACAAAGUCUUCACUGGUAGCAAAAAGCCAGUACCUUGGCUCUUGAUUGCCGGCAACCUUUUGGUGUACCUGGAUCCAGACUCCAUCCCUGAGGGUUUCGUCGUGCAAGACCCGUCUCAUUUGAAGGCGCAGGAAAUAAACCAUCUUUGGGGCCAUUGGGAAGCCAGGAAGGCUUCGAAACAGAAACUGGUUAUUUUUGUCGGGGCCGUGAGUUCCCACAUGAACAAGUCCCUGCUCGUCAAUGCUGUUUAUGUAGGCGAGAAACAAUCUAAAAAGAAGUAUGUACCAGUCGACACUGAUGAUGAAGAGGAGGCUUCAGCUGCGCCUACAUCCACGAAACGUACAAGACAGCUGGCCGAGGCUAAGGCGUCCUCCAAGCCCAAGGCCAGCACAAGGCCCACCAAGAAUUCAAGACCGCAAACCCAGGACAGCUCUGAGGAUAGCUCUGAUGAUAAUCUCACUCCAUCGAAAGGGCUGGUUAAGCGACCAUCAGUUGGUCAAGAAGUCGUGCGCACACCAGCCACUGUGCCAAAGAAAGAUCGGAUGUCAUUCUUACGGUCUCUCAGCAGCCAGGACGAAUAUCUGCUUUUGAUUUCACGUCUUGGUGACUUGAAAAAGGAACAAAGCUCUGAGGCAAUGGAAUGGCCCGCUUGGGCGACAUGGAGUUGGGACAGAUCACACCUUCCGAAUAGUGUGCACUCAGACGAGCGUGAGUUGAACAAGUUCUUGGAGAUAGUCGUCUCUGCCAAGAUCUCUGGCUUGGUAUCAGCCAUGGGGGUUAGCCUAGGUCUUGGGAUGCUGCUAAGAGAAUGCAAGCGAGUUAUCGAAUAUGAGGAGGACGAAGCUACCCCGAACACCCCCUCUUACCUUGGCACCUCUAUUUUGAGUAUCAAGACCCACGACCUCGUCAUAGAGGCAAUCAAUACAGCCAGAGGUGGGGUUACGCGGAUGCUCAAGGCGAAGGAAGGACAACGUGCAGCCAUUGCUGAGGCUGCUGCUGGUGAAGAACACGGAGCUGAUACUGCCAUUCAGACCAUCUCAACCAGGGAAGAGAAAGAGGAUGAGGGGACGGAAAUGGAGGCAGAUGAGUUGACAAGGAAGCUUGACAAGGAGUCGUGGGAGGUGGAGGAAGAGAAGAAGAAAAUGGCGAUGCUGCAGGAGGACAUGAGAAAGCUGGAGGAGAGAAAGCGAGAGCUGGAGGAGUACAACCAGAAGCUGUUGAAACUGGUGGAGAUCGAAAAGGACAGUGGUGGUAAGGAUGAUAUGGAAGAUAAGGAACAGCGUGGCGAGGAGGAGAAGGCUGAGGAGGAGGAGGAGGAGGAGGAGGAGGUCGUCGUGCAGAAAGGGAAGAAAAGGGGGAAAUCUGGGGGAUCUGGAAGACCAUCCAAAAAGGCUACCACUGACAAUAUUCGUCGAUCCAGCAGAUCCAGGAAACCCUCCAAAAAGGCCAUGCGAAAGUGA